UCAUCAUCAUCAUCGAAAGAAAAAGAAAAUAAAUAAAUAAACAAGCUUGUAAUGGACGUCCAGUGAUUAUUACUUUAGUUACAGUUAUGGCUUGUAUGGAAUUUUAUUUGAAGCAAAUAUCACCAUGCACGGGCGAUCCUCUUAUAAUUUCUUUAGAUUCAAACACAAAAGAAAUUGGUCGAUCUGCCAUUCCUGCAUUAGAACAGUACACUCAGAUAUCUCGACGUCAUGCUAAAAUUACAAAAAUAAACCAUGGCGAGUGGGUAAUUGAAGACCUUAAUAGCAUGAAUGGAGUAUUUGUUGAACAUAAACUAAUUGGUAAGAGAGGGAAGCGCAAACUAAAUGUUGGAGAUACCAUUGGUUUUGGAGUAUCAAAUGUUGGUGAUCCUUUAGGUUUGGUUUGUAUAUUUAUGGUUAAAUUAAAAGAAGUAAAAAAUGAACCUAUUGAGAUUGUGACUUUAUCAGACGAUGAAAACGAAAUCAAUAAAUCUUCCAAUUCUAAUAUUAGCCAAGUUGAUACCACCACGGGUGUUGAUGCAACACCAAAUGCCUCUUCAAAUAUUUUACCUACUCCAAGGUUCUCAUUUUUAUCUGAAACAAGUACAGGUGCAACUUCAAAUAAAAGUACUCUUAAAAAGAAUGCUGCUGUUUCUUCAGCUAAAGUUAUGACAUCACAUAAUGAUAUUGAUAAUGAAAAUAAUCUGCCUCCCAAUGUUGUUAGUCAAGUUGACAUUUCCAAAGGUACUGCUGCUACACAUACUUCCAAUUUAAAUACUUUAUCAUCCCAUAAGCGCUCAUCUUUAGCUGAAAUCAGUUCAGUAACAAACGAUCUUACAUCAAGCUGUUUAUCUUCUAAUUCAACUGCCCUUAAAGAAAGUACUGUAAAAAACAAUAAUGUUACGUCUAAUAAUUUGUCAUCAGAUAAAACUGUGGCAUUAUCCAAUGAGGACAAUAAUUGUGAAAAUAGUUCAUCUUCCAAAUUUUUUGGCCAAUCCAUCAGCUCUAAAGAGACUGAUAAAACACUCAGACUUUUGAAUGUUUCAUCUCCUAAUUUUUCAUCUGUAUCUAAUUUAAAUAGAUCUAAAAGCGCUAUUUCGAACAAUAUAUCUUCUAGCCCGUCGUCUUCACCAGACAAAAGUACUGUUAAAAGUUUGCAGCAGUUACCUAAUAAAUGUAUUACUAAAACUAUCAGGGAUUCAGAGGAUUCCUCCAAUAGGUGUCUAGUAACAAGCGAUUUGGAUGAGGAUGACACAAAAUUAAUAAAAGAGUGUGCUGUGCAUUUAGUUAAAUGUGAUUCUAGUAGUUUUAAUUUGCCAGCCGAUGUGAAAAAACCGGCUAUUCUGAAGAGGACACUUUCAGAUUCUGUAAAAGAAAAAAAUACGAAAAAACAAAGAAAUGAUUAUCAUAAUGAAUCUGAAAACUUUCAAACUAAUAAUAGUCUCACCAAUCGAAGAGAUUUUAAUGCUAAAUUACCAAAUGUUACAUUUGUAGCUGAUGAAAGAUUGAAUAAUAAAAUGGAUGAUGAUAAUAGAUUUGAAAAUAUUGAUGAUAAUAUUGGGUACUCUCAGGUAGAAGAAGUUAUUUGCAUUUCAGAUGAUGAUUCUUAUUUAGAUUUCACUUCUUCUCAACCUAUAAAAUUAGAGCCUGUAGAUGAUGAAGAUGAGGAUUUUAGAAUUCUAGAUGAAUUACCUGAGGAAAAUGAUAUUGAAAUUGAAUUUGAUUCAGGUGCUAACAGUGAAUCAAUUGAAGCAAUUCAUAAUUUUAUGGAACAUGCUGAGUUAUCUACCGUAAAUAUAAAAGUUGAAAAAGGUGAUAGCUCAGACCUGGAAAAUCUUCAUAAAACUCCAUUAAAUACUGAAUCUGCUACUAAUGCAAUAGAAGAAACAUACAAUUCAAAUCCCAGUCGAGAGUUUGAUUGCCAUCCCAACACUCUUGAAAAAGGUUCUGAUUAUGAACAAAAUUCUGAAAGGAGAAAAUUUAAAGAUUCUAAUUCAUCAAGUUUCAUAGAUAAAUUUGAUAAGAGAAAACUAAAUUCAAAUGUCAAAUCUAAAUUAAAGAUGACUGAUCCGUUGCCUAUUAAACGCAGAGGGCGUCGAUUACGUGGUAGAGAAGAAUGGUUUGAACCAAGUGAAGAGGAUGGUUCUUCAGAAAAGUCUGAAAGCUUAGGAAAUACUAAUAAUUUUAAAGCUGAUAUUUCAAAUUCUUCAAAGAGAAAACAGAAAUAUGUUUCUUCACCUUCCUCAGUCAAGAGUUCAAAUAAGAGCAAAUUACCUACUGAAAAGUCACGUUGCAAACAUAUUAAUUCUAAAGAUGAAAUGCACCUUACCAAGAAAGAAAAAUUAAGAAUGAUUGAAUUAAAGAGAGUGGAACAAGCUGCAUUAAAUGCCCAACCUGUUUUUAAAAAACCUGCUCCUGUGAAGAAAAGGAAUGACAAUUUCGGUUCUCGCUCACAGUUCUUAACAGCCCUGCCUAGUGAAGUUGAAGUUGUUGCUAAACCUAGCACUUCAAAUCAGAAUAAAAAAGAACUGAAAAGUAAACCCUUAGGAAAGAGGGCUAUGAACAAUGUACUUUCUUCUUCCAAUUCUGUAUCUAAAAAUAAUCUUGCGUCUAAAAAUGUUCCUGCUGGCCACCAUCCUGCUAUGAAAGGUUCAUCAGUUUCAAAUGGAACAGCAAAUAAAAAUAUAACAAAUGAUUCAAACGUUAAAAUGGUAAACAACAAAGCUUUUUCAUCUUCCGCAUCAUCCAAAGAACAGUCAAUUUCUAAAAGUUCUGGGUUUGAUCCUAGAUUAAAUAAAAAGCAAUUCAGACACCAACCUAAAGAUAAAGACAUUCAAGUUCCCAAGUGGAACCAAGACAAAACAAAUGCACCCAUUGCAGUAGUAUCUGAAAUCUUAAAUUCUUCUAAAGAAAACCACAAAAAUGUCAUUAGGCAAACAGUAAAUGCCCAUGACUUAAGUAGGUCUGCUUUACCUAAGCAUCCUCCUACUGUGAAAAUAAGUUUUUAUACUGUCUUGGAGAAAAUAGUAGGCCUAAAUGUAAAAUGGAUUCUGGAACAAAAGAAGCAACCGUUACCCCCACCAGAUGUUAGCAAAGGAGCCAUUGAGCUUCCUUUAUAUUUUGAGUCUUAUGAGCAUUACAUAUCAGUUUUUCAGCCAAUGCUUAUGCUUGAAAUAUGGGAGGAAUUAUGCAAAGAAGCUCAACCAAUUCUAAAUUCAAUCAAGGAUAAAGUUCUCAAUAAAUUUUAUUUUAGUAUAAAAGGUUUUAGAAAUGUAAAUAACUUUUCUGUAUACGAGUGUGAAUCUCUGAUAAAUUCACAUUCUCCAAGGCCACUAGAGGGUACAUUAGUUAUUUUAGAGAUUAAGACUGUCGAAUCAAGAAUUAGUCCUAUUUUAGGUUAUAUUAAUAAUUACCAAAUUGUGAAUGCUUCGAGAGCAGAAAAACCUUCCGAGUGGAAUAAUGUGGAUCCACAAUGGACAAGGAAUGCAGAUUUAUGGAAAUUUUCUAUUUUUGCAAAAAUUCGGAGUUUAUCUCCGAAGCUUGGAGAAAUCAUGAAAGGGAAUGUUGUAUUCUCAAUUAAAAAUAAAUUGCGUUUAGCUGAUGCUUUAAAGAGUCUUCAAAGUUCACCUUUAUGCAGGUGUAUACUUAGACCAGAUCAAAGGAUUUGUUCUGUAGAUUAUCCUUCUGCUACUCACACUUCCAGAGACUUUAGUCCAAGUCAGAAAGUUGUUAUUGAAGGUGUUAGUGAAGAACUUUCGAAACCUAAACAAGAAAGCAAAAUGAUAUUGCUUCAGGGCCCACCAGGUACUGGGAAAACGCAUACAAUUGUGGGUUUACUGGAUAGUUUAAUAUUUAGUAACGCUGUUUCUAAUAAGAAAAUCUUAGUUGUUGCUCCAUCUAAUGCUGCCAUUGAUGAAAUUGGUUGUAGACUUAUUGACUUUAAUGAAAAAGUCAGUUACACGAAAAGGCAAAUUAGAUUUGUUCGUAUUGGCUUAGAUAAAAAUAUGAAUACAAAAAUGAAGCCCUAUUUCCUGGAUGAAAAAGCUAUUUCAUUUUACGAUGAAGAGCGUAAAAAGUCAGAGCGAUACAAGAAGCUAGAAUUAGAUGAGAAAUUAAAAAAGAUAAAAAAAUUGCAGGAAGAAAUGAAAAGGCAUCCUAGUUAUCAGAAAAAGAAAACUAUAGACAGUCUUCUACUGCAAUACAAAAAUAUAGAGGAAGAAAAAAGAAAUAAAGCAACUGAUAAAACAAUAAAGCAAAUCAAAAUGAACAUACUCAAAGAUUGUAAUGUUAUUUUGUCUACUUUAGGAAGCUGUUGUCAGGGUAUGAUGAUAUCUGCUUUCCAUAACGGAUUUAUUUCAUUUUCUGCUUGCAUCAUUGAUGAAGCCACUCAGUGCACAGAGAUAGAAAUAUUACAGCCACUGACAUUUAACAUUAGUAAGCUCAUUUUAGUUGGGGACCACAAUCAAUUACCAGCUACUGUAAGUUCUCAAUUGGCUCUGAGAAAAAAUUUUGAUCGUUCUAUGUUCGAGAGAUUUUAUAUGUAUUUUUCAGAUAAAUCUGUAAAUCCAGUUUUCAUGUUAACUGAACAAUUUAGAAUGCACUCAGAGAUAUGUAGGUUUCCAUCAAAAUUUUUUUACGAUGGGAAACUGAUAACCGUACCUGAUAACGACAUCAGAUAUCGACAUUUUCCGGUUUAUCCUUACAUUGUUUAUGACAUUUUAGAUAGUCAAGAAACCAACUGUGCAUCCUCGAAAACAAACUGUAACGAAGCUAGAGCAAUUGCAAGCUUAUGCACAGAAUUAAUUCGUUUGGAGUCGAAUGCCACCAUUGGUAUCAUCACUCCUUAUCAAGCUCAGGUAAAAUUAUACAGAGAUACCUUACAUCAUAAUCCUGGUUACAAAAAUAUUGAAAUAAAUACUGUUGACAGUUUUCAAGGAAGAGAAAAAGAUAUAAUUAUUGUGUCUUGUGUUCGUGCUAACAGCUCUUCAGGUGGUAUAGGUUUUUUAUCUUGUAGAAAAAGAUUGAAUGUGGCUAUAACUCGAGCACGCCAUUGUCUCAUCGUAUGCAUUCAUUCUCGUACUUUAGAAAUCUGUGAUUAUUGGAAAGAUCUUAUUAAUGAUGCAAGGAAAAGACGCUGUUUCGCAACUGUUCCUACUAGUAAAGAUAUGCCUCAAAUUUUUUAUGAAACUCUUAGAAAAAGAUUAUAAUGCAAUAUUUUCUAGAUUUUAGUACAUUUCUAUCUAUGCAAUUUAUUAAGUGAGUGAGGAAAAUGAAUUUGCUUUGUAUAUGACUAAAAGAUGGAUAUAGCCAAAUGUUAUGGCCAUGGGUGUCAUUGGUGGGGUGUAUGUCCCCUAAUAAAUAAAAUCCAUAUAAUCCCCACUAAAGUUUCGAGACUAAUGAAAAUUUUCAUGAAUUGUCAUCAAUUGAAAUUCUUUAAAGUGAAAAACAAGAAAAGGAUAAAAAUAAUUAUUUUUUUUGUAGGUACUUAGCUCAUAAAAAUUUAUUUUUCUUAUAUGGGGAGUUUUGAAUAUUAUGACUUCAUUUUAGUUUCCACCCCCUCAAAAAUUGGGCCUGGGACACCUGUGGUUAUAGCUAAAAGUGGCAAUAAUGCAAUAUUCUUAGUGCACUUACUCUUCAUCAAAUGUGUGAAAAGAAUGUGCUAUGUACAUAAUUGUAAAAAAAGAAGAACAAAAAAAUGUAUAUCAUUACUAAUCUGAAAUUAAUGUGUCGACGAAAAAUAUAUGGGUGUUUCUAAUACUUAUUAAUCUGUAUAUAUUUAUACCAGCUGGUACUGUUAUAACCGAAAAAAAUUAUGAAAGCCAAAUGUUGCCUGUGUUCAUGUAAAAUCUUUACCUUUCAUAAUUUGUUUGCUUAAGUCGGAAUAACUUCUUUUUUUUAAUCAUUAGUUCAAGUUCAAAAUAAUAUUUAGAAACAGAAGGAUCUAUUCAUUUUAUACAAUAUUGUAAAUAAUUAUUGUUAUUGUAUUUAAUUAUAUUUUUGUUACACUUAACAAUUGCUGGGAAGAUUUCUAUAUUGGUAUCUGCUCUAAAAUAAUACCGAAUUUUGGUGACCACUGGGUUGUGGUGCGAAAUUGGAGAAAAAAAGCUCAAGAGGUUAACAAGCAGGUGACAACAAGCUCUGAACAACAAGCAGGUAAAUUUCUAGAUAUUUAAAAAAUUUUUUUUUCAAACACAAAAACCCUUUAGAAAUGGUAGUUGGCACGAACAGUUACUGAUAUAGAAAUAUACCCUUGUCGAAGAAUGUAUAUUUGAUUUUGUGAAUAGUAUGUAUUAACACAGUAAUUUUUUCAUACCCUUUUCGACUGAUAAAGAAAUAGUUCCUUUACUUUAAUUA